AUGUUACCAGCUACAAAAGUGACCGUUGCACGAGUAUCGGCAACCAGUCCAACUGCUGAAUUUGACAUAAUAAAACAUAUUGAACGCGAUGGUGUUGCAAUCGUUACUGGUAUGUUUUCUAGAGAUCAUAUCGAACAGGUCCAAAAAGAUCUUGCACCUUACUUCGAUUCGGACAUUCCCGACGAAUCAGGUUUCUUUCCAACAACAACACAGCGAGCCAACCAUGUCUUUGGCAUCUCACGAGCAUGUAUUGAUAUGUGUAUGCAUCCAUUGCUUUUAGCUGUAGGAGAUCGUUUACUAACAUCUACGUAUCAUUAUUAUCGUGGCUUAGAAAAAUAUACAGCAGUUUCAAAGCCAAUCUUUUCUGCAACCAAUGCCUUUCGUAUAAAUCCGGGUGGCCAACAACAGCCACUUCAUCGAGAUGAUGAAGACUAUCAUGCACGACCAUGUGAUCAACCUAUGAUGAUUAGUUGUGUGAUUGCCAUAACGCGAACACAUAGAGAUAAUGGAGCAACUAUUGUCAUUCCUGGCUCACACUUGUGGGAAGACGAAAAUCGUGCACCAUUAGUAGAGGAAGCCGUACCUGCUGAAUUGGAACCUGGUGAUGCAACAAUUUUUCUCGGCAAUCUCUAUCAUGCUGGUGGAGAAAAUAAAACUAAAGAUGAAAAACGCGAAGUAUUCGGUGUAUUUCUCAUGAAAGCAUUUUAUCGUCAAGCAGAAAAUGAAUAUCUUACGAUUCCACCGGAAAGAUGCAAAGAGUUACAGAUGACUCCAAAGGAACUGCGAAUGCUUGGCUACGGAAUAUCACAGCCAUCGUGUGGAGCCGUCAAUUACAAAGAUCCCAUGGAAUCAGUUUUUGGAAUUAUCGAUAAGGAGACAGUUAGAAUGUAA